AUGUUCGCAUCGACACCUGUCAGAUGCGCAGUAAUAUUUCUUGGUCAGUUUAAUGUGUUUUCAGUGAACUGCACCGCGGAGUGGCGCCCGUCGGUCUGGGGGCAGUGCAGUCGCACAUGUGGUGAUGGUGGUGUUCAGAUGCGCCUGUUGCGUUGUGUAUGGCGUGGUACACGUAAAGCGGCUGGACGCAACUGUCAAUCAUCAGAGCGGCCUCCGGCACUGCGGGCUUGUCCGGAAACAAACAAUUUGCCAGAAUGUCCAUCUGGGCCAUCCACAGGUGCUGCUCCAGCUGUCUUAUUCAAAGGAUGGGAAAAUUGGCGUGGCUGGCGGCUCUAUAACUGGCAGCCUGAUCGUAAUGGAAAGUUGCACCGCAAAAUUUGA